AACAACAAUGUAGUGACACUUCAUUUCCAUUGCCGUUCAUGACCAAUGUGUACACUUGACUUGCUUCUCAGUAUUGCUGUGUGAUCGAAAGAAUUGUGUUUGAAGACAGUUUUUAUUGGUGCCAGUCAGAUUCAUUCAUCAUUGUUGAAGUGCCAAAAUGGAUAUCUCAACGAUCGCUUACAUUGUGAUAGUACUGCUGACCAGUGUUUACGCCUAUUCGAAAUGGAGCUACACCUACUGGAAGAGAAGAGGAUUGGAAUACUUGGAACCUGAAUUCUUCUACGGAAACAACAGAGACCUGAUCCAGAGGAAGCUGGGAUUCGGCGACCAUUUUGCCAACGUCUACAACAAUUUGAAAGCGAGAGGGCUGAAAUGCGGUGGGAUGUUCAUGUUUUUCAAACCGGUUUUCAUGCCGGUAGACUUGGACCUGGUGAAAACGAUCAUGCAGAAAGAUUUCGACCACUUUCGCAACCACGGAAUGUACGUCAACGAGAAAGUGGAUCCUUUGACGGGACAUCUUUUCAAUUUGGAAGACGAAAAGUGGAGGAAACUCAGGGCCAAACUCACCCCUACAUUCACCUCAGGUAAAAUGAAGAUGAUGUUCCAGACCCUCGUGGCUUGCACCUCCGGCCUGGAAACCAUCCUCAGGCAACACUCAAAUAUCCAGGACCCCAUCGACAUCAAAGACGUCGUCAGCCGGUUCACCACUGACGUCAUAGGCUCGGUGGCCUUCGGCAUCGAUUGCAACAGCCUCGAAGACCCGGAUUCCGAAUUCAGGCAGUUCGGCAGGAAGAUUUUCCAGUUGAACUUCGUGAGGCGCAUCAAAGGCUUGAUAGCAAUGGCCUUGCCACGCCAGAUACUCGUCAUGGUAGGCUACAAGCAGACCAGCCCGGAUAUCGAGGAGUUCUUCAUGAAAGCGGUUAAAGACACGGUCAGAUACAGGGAGUCGAACAACAUCUACAGGAAGGAUUUCAUGCAGCUAAUGCUGCAACUGAAGAACCGCGGAAAAGUGAGCGAGGAGGAAGAAGCCUCAUCCCUCCCUGUAGGACAGGUCGAAGGGCAAUUCAUGACCGUCAACGAGGUGGCAGCCCAGUGCUUCGUCUUCUUCGUAGCUGGAUUCGAAACUUCGGCUACCACGAUGACUUUCGCGCUGCUAGAGCUAGCGCUGAACCAGGACAUACAGGACGAGCUGAGAAAGGAAAUUAUAAUGGUUUUGGAGAAGCAUUAUGGAAAGCUUACGUACGAAGCCAUAAUGCAGAUGAGCUAUUUGGAUAAAGUGGUCCAUGAAACCCUACGUAAACAUCCUCCGAUUCCGGGUACUCCAAGGGUCUGCAAUACGGAUUUCAAAAUUCCUGACACCGAAGUGAUCAUCGAGAAGGGAACCAGAAUUCACAUUCCCUUCCAGGCCAUCCACAGGGAUCCAGAAUAUUAUCCAGAUCCAGAGAAAUUCGACCCGGAAAGAUUCAACGAGGAGAACAAGGCCAAACGACAUCCGUUCGCUUUUCUUCCAUUUGGAGAAGGACCAAGAGUAUGUAUAGGAGCAAGAUUUGGAUUGUUGCAAGCGAAAGUUGGAUUAUGUGCCAUUUUGAGGAAGUUCAGAGUAACGCUCGAUGAGAAGACGAAAACUCCUAUCAAAUAUUCGACUAACAGCUUCAUUACAGGAGUAGAUGGAGGAGUUUGGAUUAGAGUUUCUCAACUCUGAUGAGUAAUGUUUAAUGCAGUGAUUUAUAACUGGAAGAAUAUUUUCAAGGAAUUGUUUUGUAUCGAUCUCUAUUUUAAUAAAAUUAUUUCUAUGGGUGCUCUA